GCUGUAGUCUUGGGGAAGAAACAAUCAUUCAAGUUGCUGUAGGACAGGAUGAACGCUAACAAUAAUUCUUGCAUUAUAAAACAAUAUAAAACAAAGCCUGUCAAAGAUGUUACACAAUACCACAUAUUGAUUAAUUGCACACGUUGUAGGUGGCAUUUUGGGAAACAUCUCCAUGCCUCUCACAUGCACGUGAUCUUACAUAUUCCUCGUCUCUGGUGGGUGUAGAUUACAGACAUUCAGAGUUUGUCACGUAAUAAUGGCUCCUCAGUACAGCCCCAGUCUCCGCUCAAGACUUCCUCUCGUGGCCUUCCUACUGGAAACCAUCUUUCUCCUACUGUUUGUCUUUUUUGUGAAAACAGAGCAGCAGACAGGCAGAGAGUCUGACAGCAAGCUUUUCAUCAGCUCAUAUGCAGAAUUCCAAGAUGUUCACGUGAUGAUAUUCAUGGGGUUUGGGUUCCUAGCCACUUUCCUUGUACGGUAUGGUUUCAGCGGGUCGGGGUUUAACGUGCUUUUGGCAGCCAUGGCCAUUCAGUGGGCCGUCUUGAUAAAUGGCUUCCUGUUGCCACGACGACACCACGGAAGAGAGAUCCACGUCGAUAUGAAGAGUUUGAUCGAGGCAGAGCUCUGUGCAGCAUCCGCUCUGGUUGCCAUGGGAGCGGUCCACGGGAAGACAAAUCCUGUCCAGCUUUUACUGAUGGCUUUAGCGGAGGUCACAGGAUUUGUGGUCAAUCAGUGGAUCCUGCAAACUCUGCUCAGUGUAGGUCCAGUGUACAGCGUCAUGCUGCUGCACGUCUUCGGAGCUCUGUUCGGUGUGAUGGUGUCAUGGGUGCUGCACAGAGAGGGGAUCAAACCAGUGCACGAGAAAGAGAAAACUGACAGGAAGACUGGCCUAUUUGCAAUGUUUGGAACGCUGUUUCUGUGGAUGUUCUGGCCCAGUUUUAACUCAGCGCUGCUGAGAGAUUACCGGUGGCAGGGAGGACUGAAACUUUCUGUCAUUUAUGGAACGUAUCUGUCGCUGGCUGUCGGUGUUGUCAUGGCGAUGUCUGUCUCUAUGCUCACUAGCUCCAAAGGAAAGAUGAACAUGGUUCACGUCCAGAGCUCUGCUCUGUGCGGCGUGGCCUUUGGAGUUGCAAUGACAGCAGUUCACACGCCGUGGAUUGCCAUGACGAUUGGAUUCUGUGCCGCUUUAUUAUCAGCUCUGGGCUUCCGGUACAUGAAGAAUCACAUGCUGUUUGCGUUCGAAUGUCACGACACCUGCGGCGUCCUCAGCGUGCAUGCCAUACCGGGAAUUCUGGGAUGGUUCGCUCAUUUCUUUCUACGGCUGGCCAGUAACGAGGGCACGGUGUUCGCCGUGUAUCACAUCUGUGUUCUCCUCAUAACAGCAUCCAUGAGUCUGGUGAUGGGCACGGCUACAGGGCUUUUUCUUAAAUGGAGUAUCUGGAGACCCCAGCAGGACAGGAAGUGCUUUGAUGACCAGGCAUUCUGGGAGUUUCCGAAUUUGAUGGAACGGAAAUGAAGAACCCGCGGACGCAUUAACAAGAGGACCCCGACUGAAUGAACGCGUUUGUGUGUGUUUUGAGAGGUUAGAUAUCGCUUAAGCAAACAAUUUACAAGAUAAAAUGUCCUUGAAUGGAAAGCAUUGUGCUUCUUAAGAGACAAAUCAUACAAAACAUCGCCAAAGAAAUUUCCAAGCCCCUGGAAAUUGAGGCUGGAUUAAAUUACUUUAAUGGAAGCAAGAAAAACAGAGAAGAGUUUGUUCAGCCUGACAAUGACAAACCGAUACACAGCACCUAAACGCAAUAUGCGAAAACACCCUCAUGGUGACUCUAAUAUGUUUUUCAUCAGCUUUUGAAUGUAAUAAAACAUUGCUCUUUCUAAAAGAAAAAAAAAAAAACACCGGCUCCGUCCAUAUUUACAAUAAUUUUAUUCAUUUAAACCCACAGUUGGAUGAAGUUCGGCUACUUUUUUGUCAGAAAGAGAGACACGGAUUACAUUAAAAUGUUACAUUCUUUUUAACAGGUAGAAAUCACAGAAUCUCUAAUUUGUUAGUUGACGAGUCGAGUCGACUCGCAUUUCAUCUUAUUCAUCCCAUAACCACUGAAAUAAUAAGAAAUUGUGCUUUUAAAAACAUUAACAUUUUUAUACAACUCCCAUAUCGCCCACACAUACACAGGAGAGUCGACUUAAAGCUCCCAAAGCUACAAAAUAUAUAACCAGGCUUCCCACAGUCAAGAAAAACUCAAAAGAAAUAGGCUGUUUGGUUUGACUAGUCGCACAGAAAUGAAAAAUAUUGACAGCGAAUAUACGUUUCUAGUUACGCUCGGCUAUGAGAAACUGCUUGUGCUCAGUGCAAUCGGUGUAAAGUUUAAAAAUUAAACAACUGAAUGGCUGCGUAAAGCAUGGGAAACCACAUAAAGCGAUAUAUAAAAAAAAAAAUCUUACAAAAGUAAGACGUAGAAUAAAGAGCUUGUUGUGAUAUCAGCUGGCUGAAAGUUGAGCCGUGUUCUCGACUGCACGGAAAUGAAAGUUUACCGAAAGAUACAAUUUCGGUGGCUUAUUCAAAAAAGAAGAGACUUUUAUUUAAAUGAUUUAAAAAAAAAAAAAAAAAAAGACACAGUGAAGCUGAAAAGACUGAAAGCCAGUCACACUCAUUUUGGUUAUUGAUUAUGCUCAAAAACUCGCGUAACAAUAUUUUU